AUGAUUGCCCUUUUUGCGCUCAAAAGAGGAUGGUUAGGGCAUCACCUACAUCGGGCGCUUUGCCCUCUAUCGUCUUUCCGAAUUUUAACUCGAGCAUUUUCAGCAUAUUAUGCAAGGAUAGCCUCUCGAACCUUGGAGCCAGAGGGAGAGGAUUGCAAUGAGUCCAUAACAAAAGGUAUUCAUGGAUCAGAGGAGCCCGCAAAGACUGCCUCAAAUGCAGAGGGCGCGCAAUCCGGGGUCAUAUACCACUAUUUUGAGCUCAAGGAGAAAUAUCCGCUCUCAGAGUAUGAUUUCUUGCUAUCAUCAUGUAGCUCAUAUUUGCUGCUGUAUCAGAUUGGCGAGUUUUACGAGUUUUAUGGCCCAGAUGCGUUGGUCGCAUCUCGGGUAUUGGGACUUGGCCUUACCACAAAAAAGAUCCCGUCAUAUUUUGGGCGAAACCUGUUUCAACGAUUCCCCAAAAGCGGUUGCCAAGCCGCAGAUGAUAGUGGGCGCAGCAAGCCGUCUUUACCAGUACUCUACUUUACCGGAAUUCCCGUAGCCUCUUUCCAAGCCGGUUCGCAUAUGCGUAAGUUGGUCACCGAAAACACAUACAAACUGGUGAUCUGCGAUCAAUUCCCGUCUACAGAUCCCUCUAGCGGACGGAAUUUUGAAAGAAAAAUAUCUCGCAUCAUCACGCCCGGUACGCUUUCUGAAGACUCUGUACUGUCAGCUUCUAAUAACAAUUUUUUACUUGCCAUCAGUGGCGAAUUGAGGUCUGACACCUCUAUGACUCCAUCUCCCUUGGAUGAAUCUUCAUUUCCUGUGGCAGGACGUAUGGGUCUUGCAUGGAUCGACAUUUCAACCGGAGAUAUCUCAUUUGCAUCCACAACGUUAGAAAGCAUCGAGCAGUACUUGGUAAAGCUAUCACCAACAGAAAUCCUCGUCUCUCAACAAUACUCUGCCAUUAUUACGGAAAUUGCAGAGCGUGUUAGCCGCUGCAAAGGUGGAAAUCCUAUUUGUAUCACUUUGCGUUUAUUAAAUCUCUCUCCAAACGCGAGACUCAUCGUCAAACGAUUUUCCCCUGCAACAAGAGAAGAGGAGCUGGCCCUGACAAGCCUAGUGGAGUAUGUUCAGGAGACACAGGUCGAGAGCGCCACAACGCUCUUCAACUCCAUGGCGGCAAAGCAUUUCCAGUCGCGGUCGCCGCCACUCACCAUUGACUCACAGGCAUUUCGUGCAUUAGAGAUUCUUACAGGCUCUCGCACAGGCACUGAGAAAGGCUCCCUCUUUGGAACUCUCAACAUGGCCCAAACACCAAUGGGCGCCCGUUUACUUUCGCAAUGGCUGCAGGCACCUCUCACGGAUGUUUCGACAAUACGCGAUCGCCUAGAUGGUGUGGAGUUUUUUUUUAAAGAUCUCCAGCUUGUAGAUAAUAUUCGUGGCUAUCUUAAAGAGCUGACAGACCUCGAACGGCACCUCAAUACCAUCAUACUGCGACGAGAUGCAUAUGGAUCUUUGCGGCAUCUCUCCAGCAUUCGAAAGUCUCUUAUCUGUGCCAAAGAGGUGCUGGAUUGCUGCGCUAUUCUCUCUGCAACUGGAAUUGAAAUUCUCGCAAAGGCAAUGGAUGGGCUUUCAGCCGGAGUUAAUACCAACCUGUGCGCAUUUCUGGGAGAAAUUAUAGUGGAUGACCCGCCACAUCGUCUUUCCGAGGGGAACUUUAUUUCCAUAUCGUACCGAUCAAGAUCGGCACACUGGAGGCGCACUAUCGGACACUUACAGGUAAAAAUGCAUUCCAUUCGUGUUAACUUUGCUAAUGUUGCUUUUAUCGAUUAUUUCUGGACAUCUUUCACGGUAUAUCAACGGUAUGUAGGUGUUUCUGCGCUAAAGAUCAUCGAGUAUCGAAACAACUACAUGCUUGUCGAAGUCCCGCUGCGGGAUGGUCCGCUUACUGAACCCAUCUUUGUUCAGGAAACUAAAACAGCACAGUACUUUCGAUACCAGACUGCAGAACUUAAUGCUUUGUGUUCCUUUUCGGAAACACAUCAAGAAGAGUCUCUUAAGUUGGAAAUGGAUAUUUAUAAAAAGAUCUGCGAGCAGAUGAUAACGCAUGCGCCUGCAAUACGGGCCCUGGCCAAGGCCUUCGCGAUACUAGAUCUUCUCACCACCAUGGCACGUGUGGCAACCAUUCGAGGAUAUGUACGACCCGACAUUAACGAAGGGUACGCACGGACUGGGCUUUCAAUAUUUGGCGGUCGCCAUCCCGUUGUUGAACUUGGACUCACGCACACCGGGAUCCAAUUUGUUAAGAAUGAUUGCAUACUUGCUCAAGAAGAAAAGGACAAUCUAACCAGUACAAAAGGGGCUCGGUUUGCACUGAUAACCGGGCCAAAUAUGGGCGGCAAGAGCACCUUUUUGCGCCAAACAGCGCUGAUCGUUUUAAUGGCACAAUGUGGGUUUUUCGUCCCAGCAGACUCUGCCCGAAUUGGAAUUACCGAUGCAAUUUUUACCAGAAUCGGCUCUUCUGACAGUUUAACGACAAAUGAGUCCACUUUCAUGCUAGAAAUGAAGGAGACUGCUGCCAUUCUGAAACACGCCACCAAGCGUUCGUUGGUGAUUGUGGAUGAGAUUGGGCGAGGAACAAGCCCAUCCGAAGGUAAGGCUAUUGCAAGAGCCGUAGCGCAGUAUCUGAUUGAUAUGAAUCGCAGUCGGGUGCUAUUUGCUACGCAUUUUUAUGCUGAGCUUGUCGAUGGCAUCAGCGGCCCUUUCUUUCCUCCAAAGGCACAUGGAAAGGAGAGUGGUGAGGCUCAAAUUGAUUUUGUCGAUCAAAAUAACGGUAUGGUAAAUAGCGGGAUCAUGGCAGAUCAUGAGAUGACACCAGAUGGUUCGAGGAAAGCGCUUGGCCCAAACAGCUCCCCAUUAGGCCACAAAUCGACAUUGCACCGUCGAAAUUCAGCUGCUGGUAGUACAUCUUCACCAAUUGUAUUUUGGAAAACGAGUGCAAUUACAAACGAGUUUACAAAAAGCGUCAUUUUUCUACAUCAUAUCGUGCCUGGCCUUGCCUCAACUUCUAAUAGCGUGCAGGUUGCUCGGCUUGCGGGUAUUCCGGAAUCAAUUUUAAGGAACAUCGAGUCAGACAUACCAGAACACAAGCAAACAGAAGAUUUGGUAGAAAAAGAAGGUCUUGCACAAAAAAAAGGCUUGGCAGAACGGAACAUUCUUUGUGAGCUUCAAAAGUGUGACCUCGAUGCAAUUAGUGCCCGUUCCGCCCUUCAGCUGCUUUUUGAGUGGCGUAGGCGCCUUGAUGGCCAGUAUGGCCCUCAGAACUAG